AUGGAGCUGCCACUUAAGCAUGUGCGAUUCACGCACACUCCCCUGAACUUCAAGCACAAAGAGAUACGCAUUUUGACAAUCGAACCGAGUUCCGACUCAGAGAGCCCAAUUCAGAUCACCAUAAAGCACAUCGACUUCAGUGAUCACAUUCACGCUCUUACUCGUUAUCAAGAGGAGAAAGCUAGGCUUAUAGCCCAAAAUCUUUGGAAUAUCGACUUGGGGAGUGAUGCUCUCUACAACGAGAUCUUUAGAGAAACGUUGCGUUUCAUCGCAUUAUCGUAUACUUGGGGCCCUGAAAUUCCUGCGCAAGACAUACUUGUCACAAGCCCCGAAUGCCGAGGCUGGCUUUCAGUUCGGCAAAACCUAUACGACUUUCUGAAGACAAGACGGGCCUGUGAACCGGCGUGGUUCUGGAUUGAUCAAAUCUGCAUCAAUCAAGGAAAGGACGAUGAAAAGACCCACCAGGUCAACCAAAUGGCAGAAAUAUAUAGCGCAGCUGCUGUCGAAGUUUGGCUUGGUUCGGAAUUCGAAGGCAGCAAUGAGCUUAUAGAUUUGUUUGUCCGCGAGAGUCAUCUCUUGACUCAGGAACCCUGCCCACAGCUAAGUGUGGAUAAGCAGGGGCUCAGUACACAUAUACCAUCUUUACGUCGCCUUCUGUGCAAUCCAUAUUGGUCAAGACUGUGGGUUAUUCAAGAGAUCGUACUCGGUAAGGUUGUCAAUAUACGCGUCGGCUCGAAGGCCUUACCAUGGAACACAUUCUUCUCGGGUUAUUCUAGAGUGGAUGAUGCGUGUUCACGUCUGGAUUAUAUACCGAAGAGUUGCUUCGCUGAUACUUCCGCAGCACCCCAAAUACUGUGGAUCUACCAUCGUCGGAGGUUCGGGUGCGAAGACUGGGUGGACAGCUGGUCUCUAGUUGAAAAGUUAGAAUGCUCAGAUUUGCGGGAUAAAGUGUUCGGAACGAUGGGUAUGCUUCACCCGUCACUUCGAAUACUUCCUGAUUAUUCAAUGCGACCGCAUGAUGUAUUACUCAUGCUUCUUCCGAAGAUAGUCGAGAGCAUAUGUGCUACAAAUGGACUCUGUCAGUACGAUCCGCUUGGAUCCAAGGGUCUGGAUCGUCAGCAUCAGGUAAGAUAUUAA